ACGCCCGUUAACGCCGCACUGACGGACAUUCACCGUCACCGUCAUCACCACCACCACCGACACCACCGGCGUGCACCGACUGAGCAAAAAAAAUCAAGAUGGCGACCGAGGGUCAGUCCGAGUACGAGUCGGUGCUCUGUGUCAAACCUGAAGUCAACGUUUACCGAAUCCCACCGAGAGCAUCCAACCGGGCUAUCAGGGCUGCCGAUUGGAAGCUGGACGCUCCCGACUGGACGGGUCGCAUGCGAGUGACGGCCCGGGGCAAAGUGGCCUAUGUGAAGUUGGAAGACAAAAUCUCUGGGGAGCUGUUUGCCCAAGCACCAGUGGACGAGUACCCUGGCAUCACAGUGGAAACAGUUAGUGAUUCAAGCCGCUACUUUGUGCUCCGCAUCCAAGACGACAACGGGCGAAGUGCGUUCAUAGGCAUCGGGUUCGGAGACCGAGGCGAUGCCUUUGACUUCAAUGUUGCACUUCAGGACCACUUCAAGUGGGUGAAACAGGAGGAUGAGUUUAAGAAGCAGGCGCAGGCUCCAGACAACACCCCUAAACUGGACCUGGGCUUCAAAGAAGGACAGACCAUUACUCUCAAUAUUGGGCAAUCAAAAAAGAGGGACAGGUCUCGCCCGCAGAGCUCAGGUGGCUUUGGGCUUCUUCCACCUCCUCCUGGGGGCAAGUUAGCCCCUCCUCCCGCCAAAUCUACUAAUCAUAACACAGAGCCGUCUGCAGGAGGAAGUGACAUGGGUUGUUUGCUAGACCUGGACACCAGUAACUCCAACUCAGAGGCUCCAUCCAACGCCACCGCCACCACAGCCAGCUCUGACCUGUGGGGAGACUUUGACUCUGUAUCCCCAAAGUGAGGGGAAGUAUAUUUUGUUUUUCUCCCUCUUUAUCUCUCUGUAAAUUUAUGCUGCAACUUUUUGCAACUUUUGUUUUUCCCCGUUACGGGGUCCCGUAUCUCUCCCUGCCAAGCAGGGUAACCCCCUGUACUAGCUUGUUUUAUUUUAGUUCAGUCUCUUGUGGGUUUUGAGCUACACCCAGACCUCACAGUCCAGUCUUAAUUUAGGCCAUCACACUCUCCAUCCCCAUUGUUCUUGGCGAUCCUCUUCCUUCUCCUUCUGAACAUCCACUCUAGCUCUCUAGUUUACAUUUUCCUGUUUGAAUUUUCUCCUCCUCUCAAUGUUUUAUUUGCUGAUUUCUAUCGUAGACUAUACAUAAUAGAAAUAUGAGCAAGGGAGACAUAAUCAGAAAUGAUGAUGAAAUCUAAUUAAAUCUAAUAAUGAAUGAAUUUUCUGUACAGAGAAUAUUUAUUUUAAAUGUAUAUAUUGUCGGUAGUUUGUAAUUAUUGUCAUUGGUGUUGUCACCUGUAUGUUCUGUAGAUUAUUUUAUCGCCAAGUCCCCAGCAGUGGGACUGACUAUAUGCACUGACUGGCAGUCUACUGUCUAUGUAGUUAGUAACGCAUAAAGUCUGCAUUUAACGCAGGGAUUGUUCAAAUAGACUUAAGAGUUUACCACACAAUGAUUUUACUUGAAAGAAGCUGAUUUACAGCCUAGGUGUGCUCUUUAGUGCUCUCUAGUGGCUCCAUAGCAUCAGAUGUCAAAUCAUGCUGCAGCUGUUGAACACAUAUUUCACGUGGGAUGGGUCCUUUGGCACUGUGUGCAUUGUUUUAACUGUAAAGCAGUACAAAGAGACAGGGAAGUAGGAAUGUCUGGGGUGUUAGCGAAAGAAAGAGAGACAUCAAGCGCUUUUAUCUUCGCCUCAAGGGGAAACAGAGAUGAUUUAGUCCACGUUGUGUCAUCUCUACUCAGCCCAGCUGUUAAAGCUGCGACUGGUGAGUCAUUAAGGUCACGACCUCUCUCCUCCUCAAUGAAUAGGUCUGUGUUUCUGCACCGUCCCGUCAGUCUGGGGAGAGCUUCGUCUCCUUAAGUCUUUAUGAGAAGGUGGUCAUGUCGCAGAGCUCAAACACAGCAUGUUGUACUGUACAAACAGAGUUUUAACUGUGAACUUCAAUUCCAUGUUAAGAUGUAAUGUCGUUAAUGGUAUUCUGAUGAAUGCAACGUGGGACCAAGCUCGUCUGUGUUCGAUGCAGUGUUUUGUUGUGAUAUUGUCAUGUACAGAGAGCUGGAUUAUGUUGCACUGAUUUCACAUGCACGUUGUGUGUUGUGGCAGAUGACAGUGACAUGUGGUGGAUGUCGAUUUGGAGUUGGAACACACAGAGAUUGUGUGAGUGUGAAGCCCUAAACAAUGUCUGUCAGUGUUUGUUUACUGUUUAAAUGAUAUGCAUCGCUCCCAAAUGUUACUUGUUAUUCAAACUGUAUAAUGUAUAUGGAAAUAUAUAUGCAAAGAAAAACAUAAAGAUAUCACUCAGUGACCAUAA